ACCUUAGCCAUUGCGACUUGAGGACUACAGUUCCUAGGAUUCCGCGCGGCGGCGCGCUGUGAGCCAGUCGAGGCGGUGAUUGGCUCGUGAGCCGGCCGCAUGCGGAGGAGCUCAAGGAGCCGCUCUGUUGCGACAGAGGCCGAGCGGCGAGGCCCAGCUCCCUGAAAGAAGAGAAAGCCAGCCCUGUAGUUCAGCACCAUGCCCUCUGACCUGGCCAAGAAGAAAGCGGCCAAAAAGAAAGAAGCAGCCAAAGCGCGACAGCGGCCCAAGAAGGGACACGAAGAGAACGGAGAUGCCGUCACCGAGCCGCAGGUGGCAGAGGAGAAGAAGGAGGAGGCCAACGGCAGGGAGAGCACAGAAGUGGAUUUGCUGACCAAGGAGCUGGAAGACUUUGAGAUGAAGAAGGCUGCUGCUCGAGCUGUCACUGGGGUCCUGGCCUCUCACCCCAACAGUACUGACGUCCACAUCAUCAACUUGUCCCUCACCUUCCACGGCCAAGAGCUGCUCAGUGACACCAAACUGGAGUUAAACUCAGGCCGCCGGUACGGCCUCAUCGGCUUAAAUGGAAUUGGGAAGUCCAUGCUGCUGUCUGCCAUCGGGAAGCGGGAGGUGCCCAUCCCGGAGCACAUCGACAUCUAUCACCUGACCCGAGAGAUGCCCCCCAGCGACAAGACCCCCCUGCAGUGCGUCAUGGAGGUGGACACAGAGCGGGCCAUGCUGGAGCGGGAGGCCGAGCGCUUAGCUCACGAGGACGCCGAGUGUGAAAAGCUCCUGGAGCUGUAUGAGCGCCUGGAGGAGCUGGAUGCUGACAAGGCCGAGAUGCGGGCCUCACGUAUCUUACACGGCCUGGGCUUUACACCUGCCAUGCAGCGCAAGAAACUGAAGGACUUCAGUGGCGGCUGGCGAAUGCGGGUUGCCCUGGCCAGAGCCCUCUUUAUCCGGCCCUUCAUGCUGCUUCUGGAUGAGCCCACCAACCACCUGGACCUGGAUGCUUGUGUGUGGUUGGAAGAAGAACUGAAGACCUUUAAGCGCAUCCUCGUCCUCGUCUCCCACUCCCAGGAUUUUCUGAAUGGUGUCUGCACCAACAUCAUUCACAUGCACAACAAGAAACUGAAGUAUUACACGGGUAACUACGAUCAGUACGUGAAGACACGGCUGGAGCUGGAGGAGAACCAGAUGAAGAGAUUUCACUGGGAGCAGGAUCAGAUCGCACACAUGAAGAACUAUAUUGCUAGGUUUGGUCAUGGCAGUGCCAAGCUGGCCCGGCAAGCCCAGAGCAAGGAGAAGACGCUACAGAAAAUGAUGGCGUCGGGACUGACAGAGAGGGUCGUGAGCGACAAGACACUGUCAUUUUAUUUCCCACCAUGUGGCAAGAUCCCUCCACCUGUCAUUAUGGUACAAAACGUGAGCUUCAAGUAUACAAAAGAUGGGCCUUGCAUCUACAAUAAUCUCGAAUUUGGUAUUGACCUCGACACACGAGUGGCUCUGGUAGGGCCCAAUGGAGCAGGAAAGUCAACUCUUUUGAAACUGCUAACAGGAGAGCUACUACCUACAGAUGGAAUGAUCCGAAAACACUCUCACGUCAAGAUAGGGCGUUACCAUCAGCAUUUACAAGAGCAGCUGGACUUGGAUCUCUCGCCUUUGGAAUACAUGAUGAAGUGCUACCCAGAAAUCAAGGAGAAGGAAGAAAUGAGGAAGAUCAUCGGGCGAUACGGGCUGACUGGGAAGCAGCAGGUGAGCCCAAUCCGGAACUUGUCAGACGGGCAGAAGUGCCGAGUGUGUCUGGCCUGGCUGGCCUGGCAGAACCCACACAUGCUGUUCCUGGACGAGCCCACCAACCACCUGGACAUCGAGACCAUUGAUGCCCUGGCAGAUGCCAUCAAUGAGUUCGAGGGUGGGAUGAUGCUUGUCAGCCAUGACUUCCGACUCAUCCAGCAGGUUGCACAGGAGAUCUGGGUCUGUGAGAAGCAGACAAUCACCAAGUGGCCUGGAGACAUCCUGGCCUACAAGGAGCAUCUCAAGUCCAAGCUGGUGGACGAAGAGCCCCAGCUCACCAAGAGGACCCACAACGUGUGAGCCCCAUGGCCGGGCUGGGGCAGGAGCUCCAUCUGGGGACUCAGAGCGGCUCCCCUGAGCAGCUGCCCGGGCCAGACCCUGGGGCCGCCCUCCUGCAUUGCUGCAUUCUGCUCCCUGCCUCUCCC